AUGUCGUUCCGGCCUGUACCACGUGACUGGACCACAAAUGAAGUCACUUCUUGGAUAAACGGGCUCGAAGAUGGACUCAUAGAAUAUAAACGAAAUCUGGGCAAACUCAACGGAGCAGAACUUUUCGAUCUCGACAGUACUCAACUCGAAACUCUUGGAGUUUUCAAAUGUGGUCACCAGGAAGCGAUUCUGGACUCGAUUUCGCUUCUCCUUGAAACGUUCAAUGCUGAAAGUGGCCAGAGCAGCGAGAAUAAUACUGGAAAGAGGACGAAUAUCGGCUCGCUUAAAUAUGCGACGCAACAGCUGGCCUCGAAGUGCUCCGCUCUGCAAACAAUAAGGCCAACGAAUCAGCCUCUUCCAAUCGGUCACCAGCAAGGCGUCAAUGCUAUUAAUUCCAAUAAACUGAGCAAUCAGCAACUGGAACUGGUGAUUGCUGUCCUUACUCAGGUUCGACAAGUAUGCUGUUUCCUUGCAGGAGUGCUAGACCAAAGCCACGCGGACUACUCGAAAUUUGUAAAAAUCGCGCUUGAACUCUCUCAAACAGCGCUUCAGCCUCUUCCGGCAUGGUUAGGCAUUGAACCCAUCACUUCUUGCUGCGUAGAGCUCUGCCAAAUCGCUGAUAAAAUCCAGCGCAAUCAAGCCGCGCAGCAUUAUCCAACUACUGAGACGGUGACAAUAAAGCGCGAUAGUAACAACUCACUGGGUCUUUUUCUUCGGCAAAGGCCAGUGGACGGAACAUUGGAGAUCACCGGCGCAAAAGAACAAUCACAUGCUUUCGGGCUUGUCAGGACCGGCGACGAAUUAAUUGCCAUCAAUAAUCAAGUCAUCGUUGGAUGGAGCCUCUCAAAUGUUGUUCAGCUGUUGAAAAAUUGUGGCGAAUGCGCAGAACUUAUGCUCAAGAGAAAAGGAAAUGUGAGAAUGACGAUUCACUCGCGGUCACAGUCGACUCCGGAAGUCUGGCUUCCUUCUGAUUCAGAUCGCCUAUCAAUCAAUCGACGACGCUCUGCAGGACCGAACGUCAAUUCUGGACCAAACGGAGCAUCGAGUCACCAUCGCCGAAAGCCUAUUCUGUCACUUCCACCACCACCUCCUGAACCUUAUCGACCCAAACGUCCGCACAGUAUGGACAUGCGUGCGCAUUCUGUUGGAAAUUUAACGGGAAGCGAAUCGCCAAACUCACUGAUGGACGCGGCGGUUUCAAUGUCUCAAGUCUCCCUGCCAACUUCUAGUGGUUCGGACAUGUACUUCAAAGUAGUGUACGAAGAUCCAGAGCGACCUAAAGUUGAGGGCACGCAAUCCACUGCCGGUCCUGGCGGCGCCUUCUCUAGUUCUGUGGAUAAGCUCAUCGAUGAGCAAGAAAAAAACCUGAUCAAGCAGUUGGAAUCCACGUCCUUAUCUCAGUCUCAAAGGAGCAGUCAAGUCCCGCUAAAUGAUGAACCUUCACGCUAUUCGCACAACUACCACAGUCGACAAGGUUCCGUUGCUUCUGGUCGCACUGGAUACUCAACGUCGCAUUCUAACUUAUCGGCCUCGUCAAUGGACAACCUUGAAGGAAGCCACCACGUUUUAUCGAACCCCCCUCCUGUAAAUUCGCAAAUAACCAGUCAAAAAGCUGUCACAGACUCCAUGGACUCAAUCCCACCCAUUCCAGACCAUAAAGAUUCCAGUUUGCGUGAACAAAUUGUUACUAAGCUGAACCAAAACCACAACAACAGUAGCCAUCAGCAGCAUCAUCUUACUGCAAUGAUGCGUACGACGUCUGAACCACGUCUUCUUUCAAACUCGACCGACUCGCUCUCAGUCCUAGCCAACUCUUCAAUAGGAAACACCCCUUCCAUCGUUCUAAGAGACGUGCUUUAUCGCAAGAGCGAGCACAAAUCAAAUAUUUUACAAAAUAAGUGGACAAAAGUAUGGGCAGUGUUGCAGAAUAAUACUUUGUACAUUUACAACGAUAGCAAGGAAACAGACUCUGUGAUUGACCCAAUUAUUUUAUAUGGGCAGACAGCGAGCAUCCCCGAUAGCUGCAAAAGAAAAUAUUCUUUCCAGUUGUCAGGGUCGCGAUGUAAUGUCCUGCUUGCAGCGGAAAGCUACGAGAAGCAACGUCGAUGGAUGAGCGCAUUGUCCACUGCGUCUGGAGCUUACCAAGCUAUUCCCGGAAAUAUCAGCGUCCCAAAAGAUUCGCCAAAAAAAAACUUGAACACACGGCGAGACGUUCUCCCAGUCGCUAAGCGUUCAAUGUCAGUCGAGAAUAUUUCGCGCAAGAUGAAUGCGAUCAAUAUUGACGUGCUUCGAUCUUCAAGUACCUCUACGCCACCCGCAACAAGCGAGGUGGUUCUUCGUCCCAAAUCUUUUGAAGAGCAAAAAGUACUCCGCCCUAAGAGUCUUCUGUCGACAGCCAGCAGCUCUAGCCAGCCCAUGUCGAGUGGCAACAUCGAGAAGCAAACAACUGGCGAAAGCGUUCAAACUCGCCACAACUCGUUUCCAAAGCGCGAGAAUUCCCUCGAAACGCGGAAGAUUGCAGAGGAUAAGGAAUGGGGCGACGCUCUUCACCCUUCGUACGUCUAA